CAAUAUAAAUUAUUUACACGUUGGUCUAAAAGUUUUCCACUGAUUUAUAACAAAGAGAAUAAAUUUUACUUUGAAGAAGAUUCAAAUUAAAAUCCGUAAUCACUUGAACGUUGUUAACAUAACGUUUAAUUGGUAACCAAGGAAACCAAGGUAACCAAGUGUUUUGUUGUAUGUUGUCAAAGAUAAAGUUGACAUUUUCCAAUUUCUUUUUUCGGUCUUUUAUUACUUGGUAAAAAUGGAACAAUAUUUAUUGGAAGGCGAUGGUUAUUUUACCAUAAUUGAAAAAAGUUCAAUUGCUGUUGAUGAGAAUGAAAUAGUGGAGUUAAAGGUUGGAUCAACUAUCAAUUAUUUGUGGCCAGAGCGUGCACGACACAAAAAAAAGUAUUCUGGGAAAAUAGUUGGAAUCUCAACUAAUGAAGCAGAUUUGCUAAAAUUAAAAACUCAAAAAUUACAAGAAGCAACAAGAAGUUUAAAAAGAAAAAGAAACGAAAAAUCCACAACAAGCUGUAAAAAAAAUCAAGCACUGUCAGAUGACAAUCCUCAGAAGAAAAUAAAUCAGAAACUUCUGCGCAAAGAAGCAAACAUUUCUAGUGCAAAGGAGAUAUUGAAAACUUUGGAUAUGGAUACUUUGGAAUGCUCUACAUUAUCUUAUGCACUAAACAAUAUUAAUAUUGCUUUACGUUUAGCAAAAGAUAUAACACCUACCUUGGAAAAAGCUAAAAAGUCAUUAGAAGAUUUCCUGUCAGAUCAAAGUUCGGAGCUAAUUCAUCUUGAUACCGGUGAAACGUCGACUUUCGUCAUUCAUGGACAACCUUCUUCUUCGAAUCAAAUACAGUAUGAUCCUUCGACUGAAAAUCUGCCACGACCUGUCUUUGAAGGGCAGACAUCUUCUUCGAAUCGAAAACAAGAUGAUCCUUCGACUGAAAAAAUGCCACGACCUGUCAAUGAAGGGCAGUCAUCUUCUUCGAAUCAAAAACAAGAUGAUCCUACGACUGAAAAUCAGCUUCGUCCUUUUAUUGAGGGUCAACUUUCUUCUUUGACUGAAUAUCAUUCUACGAUUGAAGAACCACCUUCUAAUUCUUUAAGACCGACUUUGGACAACCAUUCUGAAGAUAACAUUUUAGAAACGGAAGAUGAUAUUGACCCGAACGCAGUUAAUAACACAGACUUAAAUAUUUUUUUAUUUACAAAGCAGACUGCAAAUGAUCAGGCUGUCGAAUUAUAUCCAGAGAGUGACCUUUACAUAGACAAAACUGCUUUCAAUGAUGCAAAGAAAAAAUCAACUUCCCAAGCAAUAUUAUGUAGAUUUCUUUUAAUUUCUACAAUUAAAGAAGAGGUUCUAUUAUCUAAAAGUUUGUCAAAGGAAGAAAAGGACCAGAAACAAGAUGCAGUUAAUAAAAUUUUAAGUAAGUUUCUUAUGUGAUCUAGGGAUCCCUUUUUAGAUCUAAUUCACCUUCUUUUCCUUUAUCCCCCCUUAUUAUUAUAAUAAUAAUUUAUUUAUUAUUAUUUAUUUUUUAUUUAUUUAUUUAUUUAUUUCCCCUUAUUAUUUUUUCGCUAUAGUAUCAAAAGCACAUAAAAUAUUAUACUUUUCUCCUUUUACAAAUAAAUAUUCUAUUUUCCACUAUUAUGUCAGUUACUACCAGGAUUUCCGGAAGUUUUUAGUAAAUUUCCUCAACUUAUCGAAAUGUCCCUCUUCUAGUAAAUUUUCCAGCAAGUGUGACAAUCACAAAACUAUUACGCAUUUUACUUUUUACUUUCCGCAAUUUACUUUACACAUUUUCCAUUCCAUUUUUUUCAGAUUCCACAUUCCACUUUCCUUAUUCCGCUUCCUACAUUUCUCAUUCUGCAUUGCUCUUUUUACAUUUCGCAUUCUACUUUCACUUUCCGCAUUACACUUAUCACCUUCCACUUUUUACAUUUCGCAUAAUACUUUUCACUUUCAUUUAAUAUAAUUUCAUAAAUUAAACCAAUUUUUUACAGAAUACUCUCGCUC